CCCAUCGGAGCCCAUUUGUUUGGAGUCAAACGACGUGGUGGUCAGCCGGUGACAGACAUCACCACAGACAUAAGGAAGCCUUGCACUGUUGAUGCUCAGAUAGCACAAAACCGAUACUUGGGGGGGAAAAAAAGAAAAGAAUGUCGAACCAAAAGUCUUCAGUGAUACCUGGCGAUGUGGAGAACCUGCGGAGAAGAUCCAUGGCUGAAUCAGAGAACUGUCUAGAUCCUGAGCAGCAGCCCCGGUUUCCAAGGCAAAAGUCCCAAAGUGACUGGUUCAGAGUUGGCCCCCAGCAUCCAGAGCUCGGUGCAGUUGAGACGCCCUCCCCUGAUGCCUCUAAGCACCACUUCUGCCACUACACACCCAAAUGUUUCCUCACCGUCCACAGAGGAGGACACGGCGCCUCGGCCCGGUCCACUCCAUCCCGAGGGGUUCGAUCCACUCCGUCGCGGUAUGGAGAAGAGGGCUGGCAUGAAGGCACCUCAAAGACAACGAUCAGAGCUGAGAAUGAGGUGGAGGCUCACAGGGAGGCCAACAACUACAAGUUUGGCUUCCGAAAGUGGAAGAUGAAUGUAACGGAGAGACCCAUUGAAGACCGAUCAGAGAUCAUCAGAGAGCUCCAUUCUGAUCUUAGCAUUGUGAAGCCUCGAGAAGGCUCUGUGGUCUCCUUCGGGAAUAUAUUUUAUGUAAUCUUAUUUGGAUGGUGGAUGUCUUUAAUCUACUUCCUCAUUUGUCCACUGAUGUUUCUAACUAUCUUUGGUGCACCUUAUGGCAAACUUUGUUUUCGGAUGGCGUGCUACUUCAUUUGGCCAUUUGGAAAGUCUGUAGAAAAGCCAAGUGCAGUUCGGAGAUGCAUUAUUAAGCCUCCGAAGUGUGAGGUCAUUCCUGAGGAGAGGGACAGUGAGGAAAGUAAAGAUGUGGCGCCUCUUCUGGUGUCUUCUCCAAUCCCUGUUGAGAUCCCUGUCCCAGAACCGCCUGCUAGAAAGACUUCAAAACACUGGUGUCGUUUCAGUACGUAUGUCUGGCUGCUCUUGGGUUACCCGGUGUUGGGUGUGUUCCACUGCCUGGCCUGUGUGCUCUCCUGGCUGCUGGUCUUCACCAUACCUGUUGCCAAAAUGAACGCUCGCACGCUGACCACCGUUCUCCUCAUGGCACCAGAGGACGUUCAUAUUCACAAGGUGGAAAAGACACAGGAGUGUGAGAACAGAGUCAUCUUAUGCUGUUAUCAAGCCUUUAAUGUGUAUUACUACAAAUACACUGUGCAAGGAAUCAACAUUUUUGCUCUCAACCUGCUUCCUCUCGUCUUCUUCACUCUGGUUAAUGGCUACACUGACCAUGAUCACACUUACGUCAGCGCAGAAACCAAGUUUGCCACAGCCGUCACCUCCAUCAUUCCACUCUCCUACUAUAUUGGCAUGGGUAUAGCCAGCAUUUCUGCACAGAGUAACUUUGCAGUGGGAGCGGUGGUGAAUGCAACGUUCGGCUCGAUCACAGAGAUGACGUUUUACAUCUCAGCCUUGCUGCAGGGCGUCCGCGCAGGCACCAAAUGUUAUGAAGAGAUCGUGAAAGCUGCCCUCACUGGCACCCUGCUGGGGUGUAUACUGUUCAUACCUGGUAUCUGCAUGAUCAUUGGGGGCAUCAGACACAGGGAGCAGCGAUUCAACAGUCGUUCAGCAGGAGUGAGCUCCGCUUUGCUGUUCAUAUCCAUAGGAGGUGUGUUUGCUCCUACACUCUUCUCAAAGAUUUUCGGUAAUCUGGUGUGUGAAAGCUGUACCAAUAUUCCAGGAAAUGGCAGUGUACCCUUCGUCUGCAAAGAUUGUCAUUAUGACACGAGUCAAACUGACCCGCAUUUGAUUCUGUCUCAAAUUGAGCCCCUGGUGUACACUAUUUCCUUGCUGCUGCCUGCCGCAUACCUGAUUGGCCUCAUCUUCACUCUGAAGACACAUUCCCACAUCUAUGACAUCCAUAUCAGUGAUGGUCAAGGGGGCCAUGCACACGGUCAGUACACACAAGAGGGCGCCAACACCUACCACCCCACUGGUGAGGUCCCCACUGGCCAUCUCCUGGCAGCCAACUCUUGCAUUAACUCCAGCGUUGGUGCCAACAGCCAGGUGGUUGCAACAGCAGGUCAUCAUGUAGUCCACUGGUCCCGCUGGAGAGCGCUCGCUGUGCUGAUUGUUGCCACAAUUUUGAUGGCCGCCUGCGCUGACCUCUGCACUCAGAACAUCGAACCCAUGCUGAUGCAGUCAGCCGUCUCUCAAUACUUCAUUGGGGUGACAGUGCUGGCCAUGGUGCCAGAGCUUCCUGAGAUUGUCAAUGGGAUCCAGUUUGCAUUACAGAACAACAUAAGCUUGAGCCUUGAAGUUGGGAGUUGCAUUGCUGUGCAGGUCUGCAUGAUCCAGAUCCCCCUGCUCAUACUCUUCAAUGCUUUCUAUGAUGUUGGAUUCCUGCUUGUGUUCAAUGACAUUCACCUCUGGGCGAGCAUCUUCAGUGUCAUCCUGGUGAAUUACAUUUUCAUGGAUGGAAAAUGUGACUACUUUCAGGGCACUGCUCUAGUGGUGGUAUAUCUCAUCCUUUUGGCUCUUUACUUCUUCGCUCCAACUCCUCGCUCUUGUUGAUCUGCCUGCCAAGAAAUUCUCAGAGGCUUCAGAAUAAAAUGCCACUAUAAAAAAUGUAUUUGUGUGGGUUCAGUGGCACAGAAGAUGGGGAAAAAGAUUGGACUGAGGUUGGAAAAAAAAAUAACAGUGGAGCCUUAAAAAACUAUAUCUGUAAAUAUAUGUUACUCUGUGUUAUUUUUUUGGUAAUUGAACAUCCUGGUUGUUGUAGCUGUCAAAAACAACAAACGCUGAUGAUCCCUUUAUUGAAUGUAAUUUUGUAUGUAAUAUCCGAUUUAUAUUGGAAAUAAUAAAUGCAUUGAUUUAUAAAA